AUGUCGGUAAAAGAGCAUUAUCCUUUGUUGCUGCUGCCUUCGUGGACGCUGCUGGCUUCGUGGACGAUGAUGUGGUACCUUUCCGAAAGAGCUGGUUAUAAUUUAUUGCCUUUCGUGGCCAAUGUACUGUUGCUCCUCCUUGUUAUUCUCUUCCUCUGGGCCAAAUCUGCUUCCCUCCUCAAUCGACCUUUGCAGCCCCUUCCCAAUUUAGAGAUCUCUGAGCAGACUGUUGGAAUGGUUGCUGAUGAUUUACACCUAUGGAUCAAUCAUACGUUAUCUAUUGCACAUGAUAUUGCAGUCGGUAGAGGCUUGAAAUUGUUUGUUAAUGUAUCCACUGUGCAGGUUGCCGUUGGCUUGUGGUUGGUGUCAUACAUCGGUAGCCUCUGCAAAUUCCUCACUUGUCAAUAUCCGUGUUUCUUCUUAGUCUAUUGGUUCUGGCGGGUAUACGAUAAGUACCAGCACUUCAACGACGAGAAGCUCCGUGCAACACACAGAAUCAUUCAAACGCAAUAUAGGAAAAUUGAUGAAUUGGUAUUAAGGAAGAUCCCUUUGCCCUCAAACAAGGAAAAGAAGAUGCAAUAGGGGUAUUCGAUGGUUAUGAGUUACUGGAGGGCACAAGAUUCGGUUUUCGGACAGUGUUAGAGUUAUUGAUCUUUAGGGGUUGAACUAACCUUGAUAAUUUAU